AUGUUCCUUCUGGUUACAGUUCUUGUUAACUUGGCUUUGUCAGCUACCUUUGCCAACGCCAUUUUUCCAGACAUUACAUUACACGAGUGUGCUUUAACAAAGGGAUGCUUGAGACCUGCUAUGUGUACCGAGUCAUCUUGUGCAUUUCUUGUCACCUGGAAGUUGGUGUCCGUGAAGUCUGAAAAUUACGUGGAAUUUGAGCUUAGAGGGAAUGUUCAAAAAGUUACAGGCUUUAUAGCACUGGCUUUCUCAAAAGAUCAAAGAGUGGGUGACGAUGGUGUCGUUGGCUGUUAUUAUCAAUCAUCAACAAAUACUGUGAAUAUUCGAGCUGGAUAUAAUGAUAUAGCUGGUAAAACUACGAAUUUUUAUAAUGGACCAGAUGAAGAAUUAUUAAUAACAGAUGGUGAGAAUUUAGGUGGUACAUUUAAUGCAAUGGAUGGUACAUUACAAUGUCGUUUUAGACGACGUGUUCGACCACUGGAUACGGUUCAUCAAUUAAUGGAUUUAACAUCACCGAAUGCAUAUCAUUUGAUUGUUACUCGUGGUGUUGAACGUAAAAAAGACGGAUUCGGUCGUCCUUUUGCUGGUGGAGAAUCGGUGUCUCAACGUCCGGUUGUCAUUACUUCACCUAUUUAUGGAAGUAUGACAGGUAUAAUUGGUCGUGGUUCCGCAAUUGCUAAAACUCAUGGAUGUCUUAUGGUAUUAGCUUGGGUAUUAUGCGCUAGUAUCGGUAUUAUACUAGCUCGUUAUUACAAAGAUGUAUGGCCUAAUUCUGGCCUAUUAGGUGAACGUGUCUGGUUUCAAUCUCAUAGAAUAUUACAAGGCAUAUGUGUCGGUUUAACGUGUAUUAGUAUAAUUUUGAUUUUUAUCUAUUGUGAAGGCUAUUCACAAGCAACAGCAUAUCCAUAUUAUAUACAUCCAAUACUUGGUUUAAUUGUCUUCUCUUUGGCUUUGAUUAAUCCAAUUAUCGCAUUAUGCCGUUGUAAUCCAGCCCAUGAAUAUAGACCUUGGUUUAAUUGGAUACAUUUUUUCAUUGGGACAUUUGCUUAUGUACUAUCUGUACCAACAAUGAUGUUAGGUUUACGUAUGCCUGCUGCUGGCCUUCAACUACAAUUUAUUAAUUAUCCAUUAUGGAUUUUAAUAUUUUUUGUAAUCUUCCAAUUUAUUAUUGAAAUUACUCUGGAGAUACAUGGAUGUUUCUAUUAUCGUCGAAAUAAAAAUAAGCGUCGAACAUAUGUACUAGAGAUUGAUCAGUAUCAAGCUGCUAAACGUUUAAACAAUGCACGUCAACCAAGACCUCCAGAACCGGAACCUUCUGGUCGUAUGUUCAAAUAUUUCAUAAUUGGACUCCAUGCUACAGUUUGCGCAAUUGUUGCCGUUAUCCUCGUCAUAAUCAUAGCAGUUAAUUAA